GAAAGUAUGAAAAAACAUUCAAUACAAAAUAACACAAUACAAACAAAAAUGUAAUAGUAAAUCAUAUUAGUGCUUAUAAAAUUAUUUUGUUAUCAGUACAAUGUAAUAGACACUAAAAGGUUCUUAAAUGAAGUUCCGAGGAUACUAUAGCCUAUUUCAAAUAUUAUUUUCACAGUGAAAAAAGGGAAUUGGAUUUAAAGGAUUAUGACCACAAAGUAUGGUCUAUGAUGGAUUUAUCUGUUGGCCAAUAGCGUUACGGCCCGCCUUAUGACGAACUUUCAACACCUAAGAUGUUUCUCAGUCUGAGAUUCAUAAAGUUUUCUAACUCUAUUGUUGGACACUUUCAGUUCAUCAGUGAAUCACUAGAGCGUCUGGAAUAUGAAUGACAAACAUGUUUCACACGAUCUCGUUUAAAAACAUUUUCUUUAUAAAUGCAGUAAUUGUCGGGAUUAUUUCUCACUCUUGUCUAAGUGAUGCGCUUCAAGAGAAACACUUCCUCCACUAUAUGUUUACAGUCCUGACUAAAGCAGACACAUUCCCAGAGUUCAGUGCUGUGAUUGUUGCUGAUGACAGACGGAUCAAACACUUCAGUGAUGAAGAAAGAGUCUGGAUUCUGACUGAAGAUGACUGGACUGAACCUCCUAAAGAUCCACCUGAUCCUAGAAACUGGUUCCUACAUCAGAUCAGGACUCUGUCAAACUGCACAAACUCACAGUGUUCUGAUCAUGUUCUUCAGAGAAUAAUUGGCUGUGAACUGGAGAAACUUCCUGAUGGAACAGUGAAUCUGACUGUCUUUGAUGAAUAUGGAUUUGAUGGAGAGGAUUUUAUAUCCUUUAAUUCUGACACUAUGAAGUGGAUUGAUAAAAACCCCAAAGCCAAAGAAACUAAAAUGAAAUGGGAUCAUCAAACAGGACGAAACCAGUACAUCAAGUAUUUCCUCAAGACCUGCAUGAACUGGAUCUCAACAUUUAACAACACACAAAAAACUGCACCAGACGUUCAUGUCUUUGAGAGGAAAUAUGAUGAAUACAGUCUGGUUCUGACGUGUCUGGCCACUGGUUUCUACCCCAGAGAUGUUCAGAUGAACAUUAGAUUGUACAGAAACAUCCUUGAGGAUCAAACAUCUUCUGGAAUCAGAGCAAAUGAUGAUGAAACCUUUCAGAUGAGAAUCAGUGUGAAGAUCAACAGAAACCAUGAAGGAUCUUAUGACUGUCUGCUCAUUCACAGCAGUCUGACUGAACCAGUUUCAGUAAAAUGGGCAGGAAAUUAUACUGACAUUGAACCAGAAUCUCUAUGGCCGUUCAUAGUAGCACCGGCAGCACUUAUAAUUCUAGGUCUAAUUCAAGUUAUAGCUGUGAUUAUCUGCUGCAUCUCCUAAAGAAAAGUUCAGAAGGUAAGAUGAGCAGAAAUGCUGAUAAAAGUAGAAAGAAGAUGAUGAAGAGAACUGAGCAUGAUCCUUCACACCUCGAGUCCAGUGUUUUCCUCAAGAGUUCAGUGCUGAUGGAUUUACAGACCGGACUGAACAUUUUGUGGUUUAUUGGUGCUGAUUAGAAAUGCUAUUUAAUUAGUUUUAUUUGUCAGGGACUUAUACUGAAUAAAAUUGCUGGACAAUUUUGAACAGCAGAUGUUCUGUUUCUCUGUAUAUUUGUAGCAUAUGUUCCUGGUUUGUCCUUUUUUUCCUUUCACAUUUCUCAGGUAAAUGUCUUUCAUUUUGGUUCAUAAUGAACUCUGUCUCUUUCCCAUAUUCCCUUGCCACUCAUUAUUCUAAUCUCUUCUUAAUAAAAUGGAUGAGUUUCAAGCUCAUGUUCAAUUAGAGCAGGAAUUCAGAGUAGGGCUUGUCAGUUCAUGAUGGACAUUAUCAAUUGCUUUUCCUGAUUUGCUAAUGGUUGAAAAACACCCAUUGUGGUUUGAAAUUGGCCACUUAUAAAGACUCAUUUGGUUUUGCAUGUUCACUUCUCAGUAGUCUAACUGAUGCUUCCUUAUUAGAGAGAAAACACAGGUGCAUCCUAUAGUAGUCUUGUUUGUUGAACCACCUGACUUUUCUGGGUUUCAAACAUUUGUACGUAUUAUUAUGUUGCAUCUUAUGUUCUUUUGUUUUUUUUGUGUUUGUUAUUUGCACUUGAUUUAUUGUUACUGAAUCUAAUCAGAUAUUUAUUUAAAAAAUAUAUGAAAGUGUUUGAAUAAAUCAUCCAUUUUAUAAAUUCUUAAGAAGUGCAGAGCGCGACCGACUUAAAGGUAGAUAUUUACCCUGCAUCCAAUGUUUAAGGUCAGAACUGACGAGUUUGUGUCCAGGAAGAGCAUUCAGUUGGCCUUCUAAAGCAAUACCGGGACUGCAGUGAACGAAAUAGUUGAAAAUAUAAGGUAAUCAGAAUAAUCAAAAAUCUAAAUUAAGGCAUAACUAAUGAUUAAUUUCUCAUUGGAAACACAACCUAAGAAUAAGAAUCAUUUGAAAUUGGAGUCAGAUUAAACGAGUGAAAUUAAGUGAUCUUCACAGAGGUGCUGAAAAGACAUACACGCGUUAACCUUCGCCCAGGCCGUCGGAUUCCGUUUUUGGGCCAAUGGGGGGUUCCUUACACUAGAAUGAUAAUUUUUAUCAAGCUUGUAUAUUUAAGUUUAAUAAUUUCACUUAAAUGGCAAUGUAAAUGACCUAUUAAUUGUCAUUUAAGUGAAAGUACUUAACUAUACAGGCUUUAUAAAAAUGAUCAUUCUAGAAGAAAUUCAGAUGGCAACUCUUCACAUACAGAUUAUUUAAAAACAAAUGCCUAUUUUUUUAUUCAGGAGGCCAUGUUUUUGUUUUUGUUUUUUUACAUUUUCCUGUUUUUCUUUAACUGGUGUAUUUAAAGUAGCCUAAUCAAGUUAUUUCUUUAUGCAUAUGUAUUUUUGCAUGUAUCUGUUUAUUUAUUUGGAAAUGCAAUUUGUGGGAAAUUAUAGUUCAGAAAGGACAGGCGAGGACAACUCUAUCAAGGGCUUUGGAUUUCAACCAAAGAGACAAAAACCAGUCAACAUCACUCUGAUUGGUCGAAGCAGCACAUCAUCAUAACCCAACCAGUAAACGCCACUCUGAUUGGCCGAGGCAACACAACAGGCAUUCCGCGCGAGUGUUCAACCAUUGCAAAAUGACGGCACAGCUUUUCAGCCUGCAUUGCUGCAUUAUUUUUGAAUAAAGGUGAAAAUGGUGAUGCUGAA